AUGGGAUCUGUAUCAAACGAGGUGGUGAUCGAGCUCACCCCAUUCAUUCGAGUUUACAAAGAUGGUUAUGUAGAGCGUCUUGCUGGCUCCCCCAUAGUUCCUCCCUCACCCGAACAAGACCCCGACACAGGUGUCUCCUCCAAAGAUGUAAUCAUCUCCCUAAACCCACCAAUCUCUGCUCGUCUCUAUCUCCCUAAUAACCUCCCCAACAAAAAAUUACCCAUCUUGGUGUAUUUCCACGGCGGUGCUUUCUGCAUCGAAUCUGCAUUCUCAUUUCUCGAUCACAGAUAUCUAAACAACAUGGUGUCUGAAGCUCAAGUAGUUGGAGUCUCUGUGGAGUACAGACUAGCCCCAGAACACCCUCUGCCUACAGCAUACCAAGAUUGUUGGGAUGCUCUUCAGUGGGUAGCCUCUCACUCCAUCAAAGAUAAACUUCACAACGAUCCAUGGCUGGCAGACUUUGGUGAUUUCAGUGGACUCUUUAUCGGGGGUGACAGUGCAGGAGCCAAUAUUGCACAUAACGUAGCAAUGAGAGCAGGAAAUGAGGGUUUGUCUGGUGGUGUAAAAAUUGAGGGUACAUGGCUUGCUCAACCCUUCUUUUGGGCAUCAAGCGCCAUAGGCGUGGAGCCUGAGAAGAGAUUACCUGCAAAGGUCUGGAAUGUGGUGUGGCCGUCUGCACCGGGUGGUGUCGACAAUCCGAUGAUCAAUCCAGUGGGUGAAGGGUGCAGAAAGGAGCUGGCUGGACUUGGAUGCUCGAGGUUACUGGUUUGUGUGGCCGAGAAAGACACGUUUAGAGAGAGAGGUGUUUUGUAUUGUGAUGCAGUGAAGGAAAGCGGAUGGGAAGGAGAAGUUGAAUUUUUUGAGGUGAAAGGAGAAGAUCAUGGCUUUCAUAUAUUUCAUCCCUACACUGUCAACUCUAAGGCCAUGAUCAAACGCUUGGCUUCUUUUCUCUCCGGCAACUGA